CCGCUCAUCGCCCGGCACCCUGUUGUGAUGGCUGCUGGACUUCUCUCGCAUAAAGGUCUCUUGGGAGACAAACUUACAGGACGAUGGCUACAGAUUGGUGUGUGUGUGACUGGUUCGAGCGGAUUCUUGUUGUUGGGAUAUGAUCAAGGUGUUAUGGCUGGAAUCAUCACCGAGCCCAACUUUCUCACAUAUUUCCCUCAAAUGGAACCCACGAACAAAUCCGGCGCGAUCCAAGCCCUCGUAGUAGCAAUCUACGAAAUCGGAUGUCUCAUGGGCGCAAUAGGCAUCAUCAUGUAUGGUGAUACACUAGGAAGGAGAAGAAGUAUUUUGACGGGAGCACUCAUUAUGUGUGUGGGAGCGGUAAUUCAAACCACCAGCUUUGGUUUGGCUCAACUUAUUGUUGGGAGAAUUGUGACGGGCAUUGGGAAUGGAAUGAAUACUUCUACUAUCCCCGUCUAUCAAAGCGAAAUCGCACCUGCGAAAAUCAGAGGCUUUCUGGUCCUCUUCGAAGGCGCAUUAAUCACUCUAGGCGUCAUGAUUUCCUACUGGCUCAACUACGGCUUCUGGUUCGUAACUCAACACGGCUCAUUCCAAUGGCGCUUCCCCAUCGCUUUCCAAAUUUUCUUCGCAGUCCUCCUAAUCAUCGGCAUACUCCUCUUUCCCGAGAGUCCUCGCUGGCUAUUAAAACACGGCAAAACCGAAGAAGCAGCGGAAAUUAUGGGUCGAUUGGAAAAUUCUUCUGCUGAUUCUAAGCAAGUACGGCACGAUAUUCGAGAAAUUCAAAAAAUUAAUGAAAUGACCGAGGGGAAAUUGACGUGGAAAGAGUUUUUUUCGAAUGGGAGGGAGAUGAAUGGGUGGAGGGCUAUGGCUGCUUUUCUUAGUCAGGCUUUUCAGCAGAUUGGUGGGAUUAAUUUGGUCACGUACUACGCUACUACCGUCUUUGAGGAUUCUUUGAACUUUGAUCCUGCACUGUCGCGGUUCAUGACUGCUUGGCUGGGGACAGAAUACUUUCUGGCUGCAGUGGUGGCACUGUUUGUUGUCGACAAACUCGGGCGACGCAAUUUGAUGAUGUUUGGCGCAGGUGGCAUGGCCCUCAGUCUGUUGAUUAUCGGAGCUACGCUCUCAACAGGAAAAAUGAGCGGAGCAUAUGCAGCGACAGUUUUCAUCUUUGUCUAUGACAGUUUCUUCGCCCUGGGUUGGCUGGGUAUCACUUGGCUCUACCCAGCCGAAGUCACACCCAUGCGAAUUCGCACACAAGCAGCCGGUUUGGCAACAUGCUCCAAUUGGAUUUUCAACUACGCCGUAGUCCAACUGGCGCCCAUCAUGAUUAACCGCAUCGCCUGGAAAACGUACUUUGUCUUCUUUUGCUUCAAUAUUGCAUUUAUCCCUUGCAUAUAUUUCUUGUUCCCCGAAACAAAUGGACAUAAACUGGAGACGUUGGAUGCUAUUUUCAAUGAAGCGUAUGAGAAGAAUGAGAAUCCCGUGUUUACGGAGAAGAGGUGGAGGAAAUCUGGCGCGCAAGUGAGCGAGGAGAGUAGUGCUGAAGAUGGGCAGAGUGAGAGUAAAGUUACGGCGGGGAGUGGGCAGGAUACGUUUAGGAUUGAUGAUGUUGAUGAUGUUGAUGAUGAGAGUGAGAAGAGAUGA